CUGGGAGCAAAUAAUUUCGAAUCAUUUGGCCUUUUGCAGAACCAAGCGAGAUUCAGUCUGGACGAAGCAAUCGAGGUCCUUUUAUGGGUAGAAAACGUGACCCAAUUACCGUAUUCAUGCGAUCCAACCACUUGUCAAAAUGCGGCGGAUGUGGCUGAUUUAUUAAAGGAUGGUGUCCAUUUAUGCAGGCUUAUCAAUAGACUGUUGGACAAUGGAAGCAGAGCACCGUUCAACCCGAAGCCGAAGAUGCCAUUUCAAAAGAUGGAAAACAUUUCCAAUUUCCUGGAAGCGUGCAAAGCGUACGGAGUGGCUGAGAUCAGCUGUUUUCAGACGGUUGACUUGUACGAGAAUAAGCAGUGCUACAAAGUCAUAGAGUGCCUCCGUUCACUGGCAGCCGUUGCUCAGGCUCGUGGCGCUAACGUUGAGUUUCCACCGUGGGUGGUCCGAUUGUCACAUAGUCGUCCCCGAAAGUUUCCCGAGUCAGUGAUGCGACGAGGUGAAAUGGUCAUACCUCUACAGUAUGGAACGAACAAAUGUGCUAGUCAAAAAGGAAUGACACCGUAUGGCCUUACACGACAGAUAAAACCUGACCCAUCGGGCUGA